CCCGCCAUUUUGGAAGCUGUCGGAGCUUCCGUCAAUGUGAGGAGGAAGUGAGUGAAAAGAGAAAACGGAGCAAUCGAGCGGAGCGGCCGAAGCGGGCGAGCCAGGGCUAAAAAAACAUCACUCAACUCGUCUUGACUACCCGGGCUAACUUUAGCUACAUGUGCUGAGGUCGAGGGGGGAAACUGAUCUCACCUGCAACCAUGCCGACAGUUACUUUACCGCCGAAAGAGAACGCUCUCUUCAAGAGGAUCCUGCGAUGUUACGAACACAAACAAUACAGAAAUGGGCUCAAGUUCUGCAAACAAAUCCUGUCCAACCCCAAGUUUGCUGAGCAUGGAGAGACCCUGGCAAUGAAGGGCUUGACCCUGAACUGUUUGGGGAAGAAAGAGGAGGCAUACGACCUGGUGAGGAGAGGCCUGCGCAAUGACCUCAAGAGCCAUGUCUGCUGGCAUGUGUACGGUUUACUCCAGCGCUCGGACAAGAAGUACGAUGAGGCCAUCAAGUGUUACCGCAACGCUCUCAAGUGGGACAAGGACAACCUGCAGAUCCUCCGAGACCUGUCCCUGCUGCAGAUCCAGAUGAGGGACCUGGAGGGCUACAGGGAGACACGGUACCAGCUGCUGCAGCUGCGUCCAGCCCAGCGGGCCUCCUGGAUUGGCUAUGCCAUCGCCUAUCACCUCCUGGAAGACUAUGAGAUGGCAGCAAAGAUCAUUGAGGAAUUCAGGAAAACGCAACAGACGUCUCCGGACAAAGUGGACUACGAGUACAGCGAGCUGCUGCUCUACCAGAACCAGGUGCUGAGAGAAGCAGGUUUGCACAAGGAGGCCCUCGAGCAUCUGUCCAACUACGAGAAGCAGAUCUGUGAUAAACUGGCAGUGGAGGAGACGCGAGGUGAGUUACUGUUGAAGCUGGAGCGUCUGGAUGAAGCAACAGAAGUCUACCGCCGUCUGCUGGAGAGGAACCCAGAGAACUGGUCCUAUUAUCACGGCCUGGAGAAGGCACUCAAACCAAGUACUGUAGAGGAGAGAUACAAAAUCUUUGAAGAAGCCUGGGAGAAAUUUCCCAAAGGGCUGGUGCCUCGCCGCCUACCCCUCAACUUCCUUUCUGGUGACAAGUUCAGAGAGUGUCUGGACAGGUAUCUGAGGAUGAACUUCAGUAAAGGCUGCCCGCCCGUCUUCACCACGCUCAAAUCGCUGUACAACGACAAAGAAAAGGUGGCAAUUAUAGAGGAACUGGUGGUCGGCUAUGAAACCUCAUUAAAAAGCUGCCGAAUGUUCAACCAGAACGAUGACGGUAAGGAGGAGCCUCCAACCACGUUGCUCUGGGUGCAGUACUUCCUGGCACAGCACUAUGACAUGAUCAGCCAGCAGACACUGGCUCUAGAAUAUAUCAACACGGCCAUCGAGAGCACGCCCACGCUCAUCGAGCUCUUCCUCAUCAAAGCCAAGAUUUACAAGCAUGCUGGCAACAUCAAAGAGGCUGCCCAGUGGAUGGAUGAGGCCCAGGCUCUGGACACCGCUGACAGAUUCAUCAACUCCAAGUGUGCCAAGUACAUGCUGAAGGCGACCAUGAUCAAAGAGGCCGAGGAAAUGUGCUCCAAGUUCACCCGGGAGGGAGCAUCAGCAGUGGAGAACCUGAACGAGAUGCAAUGUAUGUGGUUCCAGACUGAGUGCGCGCUCGCCUACAAAGCCAUGAACAAGUUUGGAGAAGCCCUGAAGAAGUGCCACGAGAUCGAGAGGCAUUUUGUGGAGAUCACGGACGAUCAGUUUGAUUUCCACACUUACUGCAUGAGGAAGAUGACGCUACGCUCAUAUGUGGACCUGCUGAAGCUGGAGGAUGUGCUCCGGAUGCACCCGUUCUACUACAAGGCCGCAAUCACGGCCAUCCAGAUCUACCUGAGCCUCCACGACAAUCCGCUGACGGAUGACAGCAAAGAGCUGCAGGCGGACACUGCAAACCUAUCGGACAAAGAGCUGAAAAAGCUGAGGAACAAGCAGCGAAGAGCCCAGAAGAAGGCCCAGCUGGAGGAAGAGAAGAAGAACGCGGAGAAGGAGAAGCAACUCAAGAACCAGAAAAAGAAGAAGGAGGAUGACGACGAGGAGAUCGGAGGGCCCAAAGAAGAGCUCAUUCCUGACAAGCUGGUGAAGGUAGAAAAUCCACUGGAAGAAGCCAUCAAGUUCCUGACGCCUCUCAAGCACCUGGUCAAAGACAAGAUUGACACCCACCUACUGGCCUUUGAGAUCUACUUCAGGAAAGAAAAAUACCUGUUGAUGCUCCAGUCAGUGAAGAGAGCUUUGGCAAUCGACCCCGACCAUCCGUGGCUGCACCAGUGUCUCGUACGCUUCUUUAAAGGAGUUUCAGAGAGCAAGGAGCUUCCAGAGGUGGUCAGGACUGUGCUGAAGCAGGAGAUCACCCGGCUGUUCGGAGACAGCAACGCUAAGAGCUUCAACCAGGCCUACCUCACCAAGCACUCCAGCUCCAUACCACACAGACUGGCUGCUGCGAAGAUGAUGGUGUAUCUGGACUCCUCGAUGCAAACGAAAGCAGCAGAACUGGCCGGUGCACUGGAUGAGUCCCUGAACAACAGAACCAUACAGAUCUGCACGGAGGUCCUCGACUGUCUUCGCAGCGGCGCCCUGGGCGACUGUAAGGAGCACGCAGAGUCGUACCGCGCCGAGUGCCACAAGCUUUAUCCCUACACGUUAGCUUUCAUGCCCCCCGGAUACGAGGAGAACACCAAGAUUGCCAACGGAGACGUUUCCACGGAAACGGAGGAGCUAGCCAACGAGAUGUGAGCACGGCGGUACAGCAGCGGAUGAGAAAAGGAACUGGGCCGAGCACGGAGCCUUGUGGUACGCCUGUGGCAGCCAUU